AUGGCGAUGAUGAUGACUGGCCGUGUGCUGCUGGUGUGUGCCCUCUGCGUGCUGUGGUGGGGUUUUUCUGGAGUUGUGGCCGACGGUGCUGGCGGUGGCGAUGGCAGUGCGGGUGAGGAUUUGAGGGCGUUGUGGCUUACCCGGCUGCGGAGGGAAUGCGCGGAGGAGGUCAUCAGGAGGACGGGAGGCAGGACGAAUGCGUCCGCUGUUGAGGAAUGCGUCUAUCAGGGGCUGGAGAGUUUGCGUGCCGUUGUGGAUGGCCGUCGUCGUUGGAGACAUCAGCGGUAUGCCGUUGCCGCGGUUGAGGGUGUCGUUGAUGGAAAGGGAAAUAUUGGCCAAAGCGAUGACAGGCUGAAAGUAUCAUCUCCUUCGGUUCAGGGCUUGCAAGAGGGAAGCGGUCUGCCAGGAGUAGUAGGAGGACCUCCGAAUCUUCCGGCAAGGGAGGAUACAUUGAAAUUAAGCGGGGAUGCAAUUAGCCCAGACGGACUGAAAGUGAAUGCAGGUGCCGAUCCCGCUAAAAUAACUGCGAGUCAGAGGCCAAAGGAAGACUCAACGGCAGCCGGCACGAGAAAUCACUCACCGCCAGGACCAUCGCCAACAACUUCCUCAAAGGCAGAAAACGCAUUAUUGCUAACAAAUUCAGAAGGACAAAAAACAGAAAUAAAAGUAGAACCGAAGGAUCAAACACUCUCAGUCGGAGAAGAAGGUUUACGCAAUCAAGAAGGACAAUCGCCACAAGGAAAAGAACAUCAACCCACAGUUGAAAUAAAGGCAUCCGACAUACCCACAGAAAGGCCUUUGGAAGGAGGCGAACACGAUGUUGAUUCCCAGGAAGAGGACCGAGAAGAUAAAGUUGUUGCUGGCCGUAAACAAACAGGAGAUGGAGGGCAUGAGGUUUCAAAUGAAAAAGUUUUACGUGUUCCAGUUGAACCGAAAGCGAAUUUAACUGAGAUUGAGCAGGAAGUAACACGCACGCAUACAGGAGAACAUCUGGUAAGAGACGCAGAGGCUGCUGAAAAAGAAAAACAACGGGAACAAGGAGCCGAUGGACAAAAUGAGAAAAAUGAAAAGGGACCAGUAACACGAAAGGAACAACGAGAACAAGAAGAAAACCAACUGCCGCAUCAACAGGAACAGCAAGAAAAAGAAGGGACACUGUCCGCCUCACCCGCGGGAUUGGAAACAACGCAGAGGUCGUUGUCAACUGUACAACCAGAAGGAAUUCAAGAAGAACUGCUGCAACAACAACAUCAACAGCAUGAACACCCCGCGGAAAGUGGCGAAGAAUCCGCGAAGGAUAAAAACGCCAUUCGUACAAAUGCCACCGCAAAUAAAGACGACAGUGACAGCAGCACCGCGGCCUCCCACUCCACCUCCCCUCUUUUGCCUCUUCUUGUUGUUGCGUGUGCGGCUGCUGCUGCGGUGGUGGCCGCGUGA